AUGGCUUAUUUUCCUAAUCUCAAAGCAUUUAUUUCGGGAUGUAUUUCACUUGUAUUAAAUGAAAAUGUCUCAAAAUUCAGUCAUAGUGUACUAUGUUUAGAUACACCAACUUUUCCAAAAGAAUUUUCUCGAGUAGUUAUUAAACUUGUUGAAAGAUAUUUAUUAGCAAUUAAAAAUCAACCAAAUUUAGAAGCAUUAACUGGUAAUAGUUGGACAUUUCCAAAUAAAUCAAAAUCAUUAUUUCCUUAUGAACCAUGUUCAGCUGGUACUGAAAAAGUUCAAUUUGAUACUGGAGUACCUGAAAAAAUAAAAGAUCGUGAUGGUAGUACUGAUACUCCACGUCGUCAAUCAUCUUCAAAUCAAAAUCCACCUUCUCAAUUAUCAUGUUCAAUAACCGUUGCUGGUGAUCAAAGCCUAUCAAUCACUCGACCAUUUCAAUAUACAACGGAAGAAGAUGAUAUCGAUCAAUCAAUGAUAAAUAAAGAAACUGAGCCUAAAUUACGUACAUUUCGUAGCUGA